UCUUCGUGCGCAUGCGUGAGGGAGAGAGAGAGAGAGACCUUGAAAUUCCACCCUCUUCUCUGCAUCCCCCAUCCCCCUCGUUUAAAAACGCGUACGUCUCGUUGGUCGAGUGUUCGCUUGUACGAUUUUUGUCAUCUCUGUAAAUAAGAAGACGAGGCCCGAAGGCCCGAGGCUGAACCUCGUAGGUGAUGACAAGGAAGCACCCGUUGCAAUAAUGGCAUCGGCAUUGGAGCAAUAUGUAAAUAACGUUCGGACGCUCUCUAAGCAAGGCAAUUUCAGGGAGUUGUAUGACAUCAUAAGCAAAAGUUCCGAAGUAUUAACGAAGAAUGGACAGCAUUUGGAUAAUGUUUUGGAAACGUUAGAGCUGCAACAGCACUCCUUAGGUAUCUUGGCGGUGCUUUGUGCAAAGUUUUCAUUGCCCAAUUCCAAUGGGAAUAACCCAGAUGCGCACAAAGUUUUGUUCAGUCAGGUUCAGGAGUUCAUUAUCGGAUGUAAUGGGGAGCAAGUUAGAUUUGCGCCAGAUAUGUAUGCGGAGUUAUGUCACCUGUUCACACAGAGCUUGAUGGAGCUGAAGACCCCGUUACGAGGAAUCGAUUUGUUGCGUCGCGCGAUACGCAAAAUACGAUUGUUCGAAAGCCAGCUGACCUCGAUACAUGCUGAUCUUUGUCUGUUAUGUCUUGUGUCCAAGUGCUUCAAGCCGGCGCUGGAAUUCCUCGACGUGGAUAUCACGAGCAUUAGUCAGGAGGGAGGCCAGUUCGAUUCGAAAUAUUUUCUACUGUACUAUUAUUACGGCGGCAUGAUAUAUACGGUGCUGAAGAAUUACGAUCGGGCAUUGUAUUUUUUCGAAGUAUGCGUGACAACGCCCGCGAUGGCCGUCAGCUACAUCAUGCUGGAGGCAUAUAAAAAAUACAUUCUAAUUUCGCUGAUAUUGCACGGAAAGGUGUUGAGCCUGCCGAGGUACACGAGCCAGGUGAUCAACAGAUACAUCAAGCCGCUGAGCCAGCAGUAUCAGGAAUUGGCUACAGCCUAUCUGGUUAACAGCUGCGAGGAGGUGCAGAACAUUAUCACUAAGUAUCAGCAAGUGUUCGUGAGGGAUCACAAUUUGGGGCUCGUAAAACAGGUGCUUGCCUUCUUGUACAAGAAGAAUAUACAAAGGUUGACCAAGACUUUCCUCACGCUUAGCUUAAGUGAUGUCGCGAGCAGAGUUCAGCUGUCUGGUCCCACCGAAGCGGAAAAGUAUAUCUUAAGUAUGAUCGAGGACGGCGAAAUCUUUGCGACUAUUAAUCAGAAGGAUGGUAUGGUAGUGUUUCACGAUGAUCCUGAGAAAUACAACUCGCCCCAGAUGUUGGCGAACUUUGAGAGGGAAAUGGCAGCGUGCACAGAAUUAGACAAGCGGGUGCUUGAAAUGGAAGAGGAGGUCGUUCUUACGCCGCAAUAUGUCCGCAAGGCUUGCGGACAGAACGAUCAGGAUGAUCAAGCCGCCGGAUCUGCACCAACGAACGUUACGAAUGCACAAGAUUGUGGAGCCAGCUUUAAACUAUCUGAAAAGUGAUAAUUCGACCAAUGAUGUUUUGGAUUUAUCAUGAUGAUUAACCUGUUUUCUCGUGUUGUUUGGAGACGAUCCUGUGUUUAGUGGGAAUUAGAUCCAAAACUCCUUUAUAUCUGGCGUCUUUACGUUUUUUCUUUUUCUUUUGUUCUACAAAUUAUUUUAUAUUA